AUGAACCCCUGGCAGCUCCUGGUCCUGGUGCUCCUGGUGCUGGGCUGCUGUUCGGCGGCCCCUCAACGGCGUCAACCCACCGUGGUGGUCUUCCCAGGAGACCUGAAAAGCACCCUUACCGACCAGCAGCUGGCAGAGGAGUACUUGUACCGCUAUGGCUAUACCCGCGUGGCCGAGAUGCAAGAUGAGAAGGUGUCUCUGGCUCGAGGGCUGAGACUUUUCCAGCAGAAGCUGAACCUGCCCCAGACUGGCGAGCUGGACAGCACCACGCUGGCGGCCAUGCGCGCCCCGCGCUGCGGCGUCCCGGAUUUGGGCGGCUUCCAGACCUUCGAGGGCGACCUCAAGUGGCACCACCACAACAUCACAUACUGGAUCCAAAACUACUCGGAGGACUUGCCCCGCUCGGUGAUCGACGACGCCUUUGCUAGGGCCUUCGCGGUGUGGAGCGAGGUGACGCCGCUGACCUUCACCCGCGUGUACCUCGAGGACCUCAGGGACGCGAAGAACGUGGACAUCGUCAUCCAGUUUGGUUUCAAGGAGCACGGAGACGGGUAUCCUUUCGACGGGAAGGACGGGCUCCUGGCACACGCCUUUCCUCCGGGCCCCGGCAUUCAGGGGGACGCUCACUUCGACGAUGACGAGUUGUGGUCCUUGGGCAAGGGCGUCGUGGUUCCCACCCGCUUUGGAAACGCAGAUGGCGCCCCCUGCCACUUUCCUUUCACCUUCGAGGGCCGCUCCUAUGCCGCCUGCACCACGGACGGCCGCUCUGAUGGCUUGCUGUGGUGCAGCACCACGGCCGACUAUGACACCGACCACCAGUUCGGCUUCUGCCCCAGUGAGAAACUCUACACCCAGUACGGCAACUCGGAUGGCAAGCCCUGCGUGUUUCCGUUCAUCUUCGAGGGCCGCUCCUACUCGGCUUGCACCUCUGACGGCCGCUCGGACGACUACCUCUGGUGCGCCACCACCGCCAAUUACGACGAGGACCAGCUCUUCGGUUUCUGUCCCACGCGAGUUGACUCCACAGUGAUCGGGGGCAACUCGCCGGGGCAGCGGUGCGUCUUUCCCUUCGUCUUCUUGAACGAGAAGUACUCGUCAUGUACCAGGGAGGGCCGCAGUGACGGGCGCCUCUGGUGCGCCACCACCUCCAACUUCGACAGCGACAGGAAGUGGGGCUUCUGCCCAGACCAAGGAUACAGCCUGUUCCUUGUGGCGGCGCACGAGUUCGGUCACGCGCUGGGCCUAGAUCAUUCGUCGGUGCCGGAGGCGCUCAUGUACCCCAUGUACCGCUUCACCGAGGAUCCCCCACUGCACGAGGACGACGUGAAGGGCAUCCAGCAUCUCUAUGGUCCUCGACCUAAACCUGAACCACGGCCUCCAACCACCACACCUGAACCCCAACCAACGGCUCCCCCGACCGUCUGCCCCACGGGACCUCCGACUGUCCUUCCCUCAAAGCGCCCCACUGUCGGCCCCACUGGCCCCCCUUCAGCUGGCCCCACGGGUCCCCCCACUGCUGGCCCUUCUGAAGCCCCCACAGCACCUUUGGAUCCAGCAGAAGACAUCUGCAACGUUAACAUGUUCGAUGCCAUUGCAGAGAUAGGGAACCAUCUGCAUGUCUUCAAGAAUGGGAGGUACUGGCGACUUUCUGAGGGCAGGGACCGGGUGCAGGGGCCCUUCCUUAUCUCGGACAAGUGGCCGCAGCUCCCACGAAAGCUGGACUCUGCCUUUGAGGACCCCCUCACCAAGAAGGUUUUCUUCUUCUCCGGGCGCCAGGUGUGGGUGUACACAGGAGCUUCGGUGCUGGGCCCGAGGCGGCUGGACAAGCUGGGCCUGGGCCCGGAAGUGUCGCACGUCACCGGUGCCCUUCCGCGCGGCGGGGGUAAGGCGCUGCUGUUCAGCCUGCAGCACUUCUGGAGGUUCGACGUGAAGACGCAGACUGUAGAUCCCCGGAGCGUCAGCCUAGUGGACCAGGUGUUCCCCGGGGUGCCCUUGAACGCCCACGACAUCUUCCUGUACCGAGAGAAAGCCUACUUCUGCCAUGACCGCUUCUACUGGCGUGUGAGUUUCCGGAAUGAAGUGAACCAGGUGGACCAAGUGGGCUACGUGACCCUAGACCUCCUGAAGUGCUCUGAGGAGUAG